AUGAAAGGCCCGCAGCCUGUUCAUAAUUAUUCAACCACAUUGUACACUAGUAGUUGUUCAAGACUUCUAGUAAAUAAUCGAUGGAGACUCAUAAUAUUAGCACUAUCUGUUAUCAUUACUUUUUUUGUUCUGUCCAUACUUAUUCCCAUUAUUCUCGUGUAUGUUAUCGAAACAAAUCCAACAGAAGCACCCAUGACAAAUGAUACAACAAUCAGUACUGCAAAAGCAUCAACUCUAACUACAAUUUUACCGACAACGACAACAACUGUAUAUACUACUGUGCUCUCUACUGUUUCAAUAGGAACAUUCACAUCCGAUGAAAUCGUGGAAACAGCGCACCCAAAUACAUCGUUUCCAGAGGUAGAAACUACUACUGCACCACUAGAUUCCUCAGAAACACAAUCGAUUGUGCUGUCAACAACUGAAAGAAUGACAACAUCAGUAUCGGAUGCGACGAUGACAUCAAUAACAUCGACAAUUUCAAUAAUUACUUCUGCUAAUUUCGAAGAUUCCUCGACUCAUAUAGUAACACCAUCACUGCCAAGGCCAGGUGAUGGUUUAUGCUCAGCAGCCACAUGGGCGCGAAUAGGUGUAACUGUAGCUGGUCUUGGUGAAUAUGGUGGAAAUCUUGAUCAAUUAAGGAAUCCUUCUGCGGUUUUUGUCGAUGAAAAUCAAACGAUUUACGUCUCGGAUAAUGCUAAUAAUCGCGUUAUAAAAUGGCAUAUUGGUGAUAGAUAUGGAGAAAUUGUAGCGGGUGGAAAUGGCCUAGGCGCUAAUCAAAAUCAACUAUAUGGUCCACGUGGCAUUGUUGUCGAUGAAAAUGGAACGUUGUUUGUUGCAGAUGCCGAAAAUCGCCGUGUUCAACGUUGGUUUCGUGAUGCUUCGACUGGUGAUACGAUUACCAGUGAUAUAUAUGCUCAUGGUUUGGUGCAAGAUGACGAUGGCUCCUUCUACAUAUCGGAUCGAGCACGUGGUGAAGUAGUAAAACUAUUGCCGAACGAAACUGUUGGACAAACGAUUUUGUCUCUACUGAACCAUCCAUAUCUAAUGUUUCUUGAUCGAUAUCAAUCGCUUUAUGUGACUGAUCGAGAUAAUCAUCGAGUGCUAAAAUUAGAGAACGGAGCAGCACCAUUCUCCGUUGUUGCUGGUGGUGCUAACGAUGGCGUUGGUCUUCAUCAAUUAAAUGGGCCGGAAGGUGUAUUUGUCGAUAAAUUUGAAACACUUUAUAUAGCUGAUAGUUAUAAUCAUCGAAUUCUACGUUGGCCGAAAGGGAAAAUAUCAGGUGACGUCAUUGCCGGUGGCAAUGGCCCAGGUGCGCAGUUUGAUCAAAUGCAUCUACCAACUGAUGUUACGUUUGACGUUGAAGGCAAUCUUUAUGUAUCCGAUCAUAAUAAUCAUCGCGUUCUUAGAUUUGCCAUUAAUAAAACUUUAUGUUGA